UUCUGUGAUAUUGUACACAUUUUAUUUUUUAUUAUUAUUAUAUUGCUCUGCUUGACUGUUGGAAUUAAAAUGCAAUCUUCUCAUAUUUCACACAUUGUAACAGGACUGACUACUGACUGACCCUAUUAGGUAUUAAGCAUGGAUGUAUUAAGAGCACGGUAUUAAGGCGUUUGGUAAGCUUAUUUUGAAAAUGUUGACCCGGAAGUAGCUAGCCAGUUAUAGUGGGGCAGAUCCAGAGAUCCAGAUCCAUGAGAGCCAGCGGCUCCUCCUCUUUCCUCCUCUGUCACAGGACAACAUCCUUUCGUGGCUUCAACAGACAGCAGUCCCAUCAACGCUGUUGGGGGAUAGCCGAUAGCCUACGGCUCGUUGGACAGCGGACCAGUGUCAGUUACACACGAAAGAUGCCAAGAAAGGCGCGCUUCAACUAACGUUACAGAGCUCGUCGUGGCUUUUGCACUGUUUUUUGAGCUCAUCACUGUGGUAACGUUAAUCCUGUUCAUCAACGUUAGCCAGCUGGCGAGGUGUGAAAAGUUGGUGUCAUGACUGGCGCUGAGACUGAGGAUGAUAUUCCAUUAGGCGAAAGGAAGACUGUCACAGAUUUCUGUUAUCUCCUGGACAAGUCCAAACAACUCUUCAAUGGGCUAAGAGACCUUCCUCAGUAUGGACACAAGCAGUGGCAGUCGUACUUUGGACGGACUUUUGAUGUCUACACUAAGCUGUGGAAAUUUCAGCAGCAGCACAGGCAGGUUUUGGACAGUCGAUAUGGCUUGAAGAGAUGGCAGAUUGGGGAAGUUGCAUCCAAAAUUGGACAGCUUUACUACCACUACUACCUUCGUACCUCAGAAACAAGUUACCUGAAUGAGGCCUUUUCAUUCUACUCAGCCAUUCGUCAGCGCUCCUACUACUAUCAGGUCAACAAAGAAGACAGGCCAGAAUUAGUAGUGAAGAAGCUUCGAUAUUAUGCUCGCUACAUAGUCGUCUGUUUACUGCUGAACAAGAUGGACCUAGUCAAAGUAUUGGUGAAGGAGUUAUCUGAGGAAAUUGAAGAUUACACACAGCGAUUCAACACAGAGGACCAAUUGGAAUGGAACCUGGUUCUACAGGAAGUGGCAGCUUUUGUAGAGGCAGAUCCAGUGGUAGUUCUGAAUGACAACACUUCUGUCGUAGUCACCAGCAAUCGGCUGCAGGAGGGAAAUGUGCCUCCACUGGAACAAGGCAUGGUGGUUGGGCAGCUCGUCCUUGCAGAUGCACUAAUCAUCGGCAACUGUAACAACCAGGUGAAGUUCAGUGAAUUAACCAUCGAUAUGUUCCGCAUGCUUCAAGCUUUGGAAAGGGAACCUGUAAACUUGACACAGACCCCAAAACAAGGAACUCUGGAGCCCAAUGAGAAGCCAGCUAAAAGAGAAAACCCUCACAAGUAUUUGUUGUACAAACCAACAUUCAGCCAGCUUUUUACUUUCUUGUCGGCCUCGUUUAAGGAAUUGCCUGCCAACAGCGUUCUGCUUGUCUACCUGUCAGCUACUGGAGUCUUUCCUACUGGGCAUUCAGAUUAUGAAGGACCAUAUGAUUUUGGAGGAGUUCUAACAAAUACAAAUCGAGAUGUGGUGAAUGGCGAGACGGUGCAGAAGAGGAAUCAGGCCCAGAACGAAAUGCACUGUCUUCAUCCAGGGGACUUAUUCCCUUUUACUCGGAAGCCUCUUUUUGUCAUUGUGGAUUCUUCUAACAGCACAGCCUAUAAGCAUUUCACAAAUCUGUUUGGCCAGCCUCUGGUGUGCCUACUAUCACCUGCAGUAUAUCCCAAGAGUGUGCAAGAUCAGUCUCAGCGUGGGAGUCUCUUCACUCUGUUCCUCUACAGCCCACUCUUGGCUUUCUCUUCUGUGUGCGGCUUAAACAGCGUCCAACGAGGCCUGUGGGAAAGGGCUCAAGAAUUUCUUCGUAAAGUCUACCGUGACAUUGGGCAGAUGAUAACUCGAUCACGGACCAUAGAUCAAGCCUUUUUGCAAUUCUUUGGUGACGAGUUCCUUCGGCUGCUGCUGAUCCGCUUUGUGUUCUGCUCAGCUGCAUUGAGACUGCAUAAACUCUUCCGGGAGUCCCAGAGCUUCCCGGAGUCCUACCCUGAGCUCCCUAAACAGGAUACAGUGGAGAGCAGCCUUCUGCAGAAGCAUAUUUUGGAGCUGGCGACCAUGCUGGAUGUACAGAGCCUAUUUUGGGAUGAUCCACUGGAAGUCUACUAACAUCUUUGCACAGGGCAAAAUGGCAUACGUGUACAUACAGACUAAACUGCCAGAGCCCUCACUGUUGUUUUUUUUUUUUCAGGUAAUGAAAUACUGGUUCAGCACAUAGAAUUUCAUGUACUGCAUUUAACUGUUACCUGUGGAGGCAAAUGUAGUGCAACAUUAAAAUGUUGACAUAGGUAAGCCUGAGUUGAAUAUACUAUAAAUUCCCCAUUUUGAGUCUAAAUGGCUGGCCUCAUAAAUAUAAGCAGCAUGUAGGACAUAGGAGUAAACAGACUCACCAUUCCCCAUUUAAAUGUAAGUUUAAAAACGGCAGCCUUUUUCUCAUGUCAGAAAAUUGUUUGCAGUCUUUUAUUUUUUUUUAAAUAAUAUUUAGCAUUGUUUAUUGAAGUAAAGGUUGUGUUAGCCUAAGGAUAGAGAAUUGAAAAGUCCUGGGCAGCUUCAAGGUGUGACUUUAUCUAUCUGUAUGAAGGCAAAGCAGGGUGGUGAGAACACAGUGCUAACAAAACCCUUCACUGCAUCAGUACAAAUUAAAAACAAGUAUAAUGUUAGCACAUUAUUUCCACACUAGGUUGGAAUUCGAAGGAUUUCACCAAAAAUGUUGUUACUGGUAUUUGCCAAACAGCUUAACUUGUAGCAGGCUGAGGUGCAUGAGUUCAUGUUGUGUGUAGUCCACAUUAGUAAAUAUAUCACACUACUUCAUGGCAUUAACCAGCAAUCCAUGUAAUCGUUGAUUGUUUCAGCCUUGUGUGUUUUGUGAUCAUUAUUGCUGUUCCAUAUCACUGUGCUGUAUUUGCAUGCAUAAUGCAAAAAAAGCAUUCCAUUUUGUUUUACCCACAAAGAAUGGCCUCCAUCUUUAAGGAUAUAAAAAGGGUUGUAGGUUUUAAAAUGGCAUGGGGUUGGGCAGUAAAUGGAGCCAGUGCAUGUGUUGCAUGUACAUUUGUAGUUGUGUCAACAAAUAAGAACAAUCUAGUUUGAUAAGAGUAGAUGAAGGAAGGUAGCAUGUUGCACACCAACAAAAAUUCACCAUUCUGUUUAUUACUUAAAUGACACCAAAACACCUCUGUAACCUAAAUGAUGACAGCUUUUAUCAUGUUGAAUGGAAUAUCAUUGGCAACACCAGUCAUCUUCCUCAUGCAGUCAGGUUACUUUCCUGACAUGUCUGCUACUACAUGGGGUUUACUUUUACCGUUGAUCCACUGCUUCAAGCCUAUAGAUGCUGCCAUCGUUGUCAGUUACUGGCACCACAAAAAAAUAAAAUGUAGUGAAAGAGAGGACGCCUGGGUGGAGCUGAGGAGGGAAGAACAAGCAGUAACCACCAUGGCUGACUUUAAGUGUUGAGAACAAUUGAGACCAUGCCGUAGUGGAUUAUUUUCUUGAAAGACACUUUUAAAGCCCAAAUUAUAUUUAUUGCAUGCGUGUGGCUGUGAGGGUCCUUUUGACUCUUUAAUUAAAAUGCCCACGAGGGUUAUAUGCAAAGACCAUCGUACACAUCAACAAACCUGUGUGAACACGCCUGUGUAUGCAGACACCCAGUGUAGUGUUACAAGACCACAUGUGCAUCUGCUGUUUGUGUCCACAUCCUUUUUGAGUAGGGUUUUGGAGGGCACACAAACUGUAUGUGUGGGGGUUAAUGGUUGGGUAACCAUUAACCCCCACACAUACAGUGACAGUAUGCCUUUUUGUGUGCCCUCAAAACCCAACCAGCACAGUGGUGGGUUCACGAAAUGGUACAUGCCAUUUAUGCCAACCUGAAGUAUUGUGCAGCACGUUAACAAAUUAAAGGACAAUUUUAAUUUGUUAACGACGAACGGCGUAACAUAGCUCAAGCACGGCGUUCGUGGUUCGUCUGGUCAUGACCAUGUUUUCCCAAGAUGGCGCCUGCCUGUAUACAUGAACAGUACAGUCUUUAUAAUCUAUCUUUUUAAUAAACUGUCUGUACGCUUAGAAAGUUCUCAAUGCUUCGGUUUACAUGUAGGGACCCUCAUUAUGAUAUCACUCGGACUUGUUUAGGACGAAAAUAUAAGGUUUUUAAGCAGUUUCAUGCUGCUGCAUUCUUCCAGACGGGUAUGCAACCUUCUGACUACAUAGCAAUCAGCAUGUUUCUGUUCAUACUUUAACCCUAAUAGGAUAUUUCAAGUACUGUCCAAAUUGCCAGGAAAUAGCUGAUUUGCUGAAAAUUAGAUUCAUAAAGAUUUUGAUACCUGGCUGGUCCAAGACAAAUACUAUAAUACAAAUAAAAUUUCCGAACUUUGCUGUGACUGUCCAUAGUCUCAAAACAAUGAAUACUAGUUUUCUAAGUUGACCCUUGACACAUGCUCAUCAUGUGUCAAGGGUCAACUGGAAAACAGAAGCAGAUUUCCAUGAAAUGUCCUUUAGCAUAAAGAAUAAGACUGUUGCUUUUUAUUUGUAUUAUAAGACCAAAAUCAACAAUACAUUAGCUGGUGCUCAAAUGAUUAUUUGGGGCAGCAGGACAAUGAAGUUCAUAGCUCAUUCCUAUGUGAUGAUAAGCUAUAUUAGGCUUUGGGACCAAUAUAUAAUACCACUAGCCUUAUCCUCUAAAAAUUGAUGGUUAGCCCCACUUCUGUAGAGUCUUAGCUAAAAGCUAAAUUGUCAAUAUGUAAUAUAUUUUCAUCCAUCACUACUCAGGCUACUAGCUAGGCUUCAGGCAUGUUUGAAUUAUGUUCCACAUCUGAACAUACACCAAAGUAGAAACAAGCUGUAUGCAUCAUUUAUUUCUGACACCAACACACCAUAGUGAUUGCGCAGGCCAUUGUAGUGAUGCCCAUAGUGAAACUUACUAACACUUAACUGCCCUUGACCAAAAUGUUCAAAUGAUGGAAGAAAGUAGCCAAGACAGCUGGUUGGGAUUAAGAUUUUUGAAUUGACAGAAAUGAUAGAAAGAACUUGUGAGAGUGAUGUAAAGAGUGUUUAUUACAUGUAUUGUUAUUGUUAAGAGUAUGUGUACAGAUAAUUUAAAGCAGUGUUUUGGCACAAAUGUGAUUGUUCAGUAUUUAGUAAGUCUAUGAAAUGUGUAAUGAAAUAUGAAGUUGAUUUAAGGAGCAAAAUGUUAAUGAGGCCAAUUUGUUCUUUGGCUAUUUUUCUAAAUAUGUUACAUUCCAACUUUCCAAGGACUUAAAGAGAAGCACAGGAAAACUACCACUGUUUUCUCCAUUUUACAUUUGUCUGGGAAGUGAGCCAUUUCUACAUUUUUUUCUAUUUUCAUUAUAAUAUCAAUAUCAAUAUCCAUCCUUGUGUUGAAAGUUAUGAUGAUAAAGAUACUGUAGGCUUGCACUUUAUGGUUUAAUGUUGUUAUGAUCUUGUUGUUGUGCUUUAGGGG